AUCCCUGUUUGUAUAUGAAGAAAAAGAACAUAAAGUGGUGAGUUUUAAGGAUAAAAAACGGAAGACGCAGGAGUGAAAGAAGCAAUUCUGGGAAAGAUGAAUGUAUGAAAGAAAUUGCAGACACGGUCGGCCACAUGGGAAGAGGAGGGGCCCAAUGAUUGUACCUGUCCUCUUCAUACCUACGCAUCAUUUUUAUGGUCAAUCAAAGAAGCUCCCAAGUUGGAGUAUCUUACAAUACAAACGAUUAUCUAUCAGAGGCCACCAUUUUUUAUAUUCUUCUGCGCAUAAUACCCUAAAUUCUCCAGGGGGAAAAGAGGAGAAGAAGAAAGGAGGUGUGAUUGUGUGAAUGGAAUUGGAAGCAUAUUCUGACAAGAAAGAACCCAAUGCUUCUUCACCGGCGUGGCAAGAAAUGUUUUUGUCUGCAUCAAUGAGAAAGCCCGAGGAGCCAUCACCCCAGCCGCCAAAGCCAAAACCUUUGUCCUCGUUAUCCUCGGAUGAUCAGAAUUCCUCGUCAUGGGACCCACAGGUACGCCUUGCUAUCUACAUAGCCAUGGCGCAUGCUGGGCUAGCCCUCAUGAUUUUCCUUCUUUAUGGCAUUUGUAAAUUGCUUGAACAAUACAUGCGCCCGCUUCUCUGGGCUGUGCUGUGUUCAAUCCCUAUGAGGGUAAUAGAGCAGACUCUUGUUGCGUUUUGGUCCGAGCCUCUCAAGAUGGGGCUCACUGAGACCUUUUUGGCUAUCCCUGUGGCCCUUUUCAGGGUUGUUGUUGGGACCAUUGUUGAUAUUAAGGAGAAGGUGUUCAGUAUUGUGCUUAGGAGGAAAAAAGUUUAUGUUUUUAGGGGGCGUCGUAGGAGUGCGUUUUACAGAUUGCUGAGAUUGCUAGUGUCUUUCUGGGUGUUUGUGUUUGCUUAUGAGAGAAUUGGGGCUGUUAGCUCCAUAGCACUUCUUGCACUGGGCUUCCUGUUUUCGGCUUCCAGUGUGGAUUCGACAAUGAGUGCAGUUAGUACUCUUAGGAGUCAGAGCUUUCGCAGGUUGCCCAUUAGUUCUUUCUUCACCAGGGGGAUAUUGAAAAGGCUGAAAACCAUCGUGGCGAUUGGAUUGAUAGUUGGAUUGAGCGUUGGUUCUUUGACUGGCGCUAUAUUCUUUUCGUAUAAGAUUGGGGUUGAGGGGAGAGAUGCUGUUAUUGGGCUGAAAUCGCAUGUGGAGGAGAACAAUUACACCGAGAGAAUUGGUAUUACGAAAUGGAUGGAUGACUAUGAUGUGGCUGGGAUGGUUGAUAAGUAUACGACUCAAUUAUAUGAAACUGUGUCUAUUCAGAUUGAUACCUAUGCAAUGCAGUACAAUAUGACCGAGUUUGUUUCUGGCAUCAAACACUUUGUCAUAACUCCAUCAAGAAACGCUUCAGGGCGCUCCAGAGCUAUGGCUCCCCCAUCUCCGUAUGCUGAGAAGAUGUUGAGCCUGAAAAAGAGGAUUAGGGAUCGAGAAUGGGGGCGAAUAUACACGGAAGUGGAAGUUAUAUUUAGGGAACUUUUGAUUACCAGAGAGGACUUGGUUGAGAAGGCAAAAGGAUUUGCCCUUCAAGGAGCUAAUGUGAUGCAGCGUGUAUUAGUUAGUAGUAGAUCUGUUCUGGGUGGCAGUGUGAAGAUCAUGUUUCUGAUUGCGAAUUCCAUCGUUUCUGGAGCUGCUGGUGUUUUCAAUUUUAUGUCUCAGUCGAUGGUCUUCUUUUGGGUGCUGCAUUACCUUAUAACAUCUGAAUCGGGUGGAGUAACAGAACAAGUAAUAUAUAUGCUUCCUAUUUCAAGUUCUGCAAGGACUCGGUGUGUUGAGGUUCUUGACAAAGCUAUUUCCGGUGUUCUUUUGGCAACUGUGGAAAUCGCUGUUUUCCAGGGUUGUUUGACUUGGCUCCUUUUUAGAUUGUUCUCGGUACACUUCUUGUACAUGUCAACUCUACUCGCUUUUAUCAGUUCGUUGUUUCCACUUCUUCCGUACUGGCUAUCAACAAUCCCAUCAGCGUUACAAUUAAUCUUGGAAGGACGAUACAUCCUGGCCAUCAGCAUAUCCGUCAUUCAUCUCGUGCUUAUGGAUUACGGUGCUUCUGAAAUUCAAGAGGAUAUUCCUGGCUAUAGUGCUUAUCUCACUGGUCUCAGCAUCAUCGGUGGAAUGACAUUGUUCCCAUCAGCAGUCGAGGGAGCAAUAAUGGGACCACUGAUAACUACGGUUGUUAUUGCCAUCAAGGAUCUAUACGCAGAAUUUGUUUUGGAGGGACAGAAGAAGAAGGAUAAGUAGGACCUAGUUCCGUUAGUGAUAUCUUGUCUGAAGCCAUUGCAGGGAAAAGUACAAAGAGCUAUCAAUUUGUUUUGGCUAAGGCACAAUAAAUAUACUAGUUAUUCUGUAUUUUUUUCGCCUCGUUUAGCAUUUCUAGGCAUAUCAGAGUAAGAUGAUAGUUAUGAUGCUUGGUUUAGUUGUACAUUGUGGGUAUCCAUUUGUAUAUUACUGUUGUGGAAUGGUGGGGUUUCAGGUGGAACUGUUCUGGUCUUUUGGAAAGUUUGGCCUUUUAGAUAUGGCAUUGUGUGUAGUGCUGUAAAUAGUUAAGACUCAUCUUGAGAUGAUAAUGAAUGUUGUUCUUAUUUGCAUUGCA